AUGUCUCACUCGCUUCAGCGUCUGAAGCUUUCCUUAGGCGCUGCCUUCUUGGUGGCGGUGUCGUUCUAUGUCCUUACCAUGCGCGAGGAGGUCACGCUCAGCAAAUACGUCCCCCUUCCCCCGAUACCAUUCAUGUCCAAACCUUGGCCGCGGCCGAAAGCCGCUUUCAACCCAGAGGCGCACACAUUCCCGAACGCCGAUGCCUUCCUCCCCCAUUUCCGCGCCGUGACCGAGAUGCCAGGCUUGUCAAUGGAGGAGGCGAAAGCAGGCUGCGACUGGCCGAACCUCGCGGACGUGAAUUUCAUGUACGGGGACGACGCGGAGUGGGUUGUCACUGAUCGCAACGACACCGAGCUUGAGAUGCGGCGGAACCAGUGGCACGAAUUCAUCAACAACGAACUCAUGCCUUACCAGAACUUCCAGCACCGGUUCGAGGGGCGCGGGAUUGCCAUCGUGGCUGGCAACGAGAAGACGGUCAAGCGCGUGAAGGUCAUCAUACGGGCCUUGAAGAAACUGCAGUCCCAACUCCCGAUCGAGUUUCAUUACUGGAACGACGAGCUGACCCCAGCGGCCAAGGAGGACCUGAUUGCAAUGUGGCCCCAUAAGAUCUACUUCAACGAUCUCUCCUCGCCGACGAACAUCGCCAAGACGGACUACAACGCCUUCAUGAUCAACUACCAGUUCAAGACGGCCGCGGUGAUGAACUCCCGCUUCGCCGAAGUCCUCCUCCUCGACUCGGACAACAUCCCCGUCCUGGAUCCGGCCACGCUGUUCGAGUCCGAGACGUACAAGACCUACGGCACCCUCUUCUGGCCCGACAUCGCGCGCACGCGGCCCAACAACCCGGCGUGGGCCAUCACCAACACGGCGUGCCGGAUGGACGAGUACGAGCAGGAGAGCGGGCAGAUGAUCGUCGACAAGCGCCGCUUCUUCUACCACCUGCAGCUGGCGGCCUGGCUGAACAACGAGCACGGCAUCUACUACAACCGCUUCCUGCUCGGCGACAAGGACAUGUUCCGCUUCACCUGGCACGCCCUGAAGACCAAGUUCGGCUUCCCGCCGCGCUGGCUGACGAGCGUCGGCACCCUCAACGACGGCCACUACUGCGGCCACACCUUCGCCCAGCACCACCCCAACGGGGACGUGGCCUUCAUGCACGGCGGCCUGCUCAAGGGCUUCCCCAAGCCGUUCACCAAGUGGCAGCGGGAAUCCAACGGCGGCGUGUUCCAGGUCUACAAGCGGAGCCGCCACGACAAGCAGCUGGGCGAGGUGGUGAACGUCUCCAUCAAGUUCGACGACGGCCAUUACUUCCCGGACCGGAAGCCCGACAUGAGCGCGUUCUCGUGUACGGGCCUGUACGACGAGGAGGCCAAGCCGCUGGACGAGAUACUGCCGGGGUUUGAGCAGAUGUUUGAGGAGAUUGGAGGCUAUUGGAUGCUGGAUGAGUGA